AUGGGGGGGGGGGGAAGACGAGGGCCGAAGGCCCGAAGUGACUCUAAGUGGAAGGAUGAGUCCAAUCGAAGGGAAGACGAGGGCCGAAGGCCCGAAGUGACUCUAAGUGGAAGGAUGAGAAGAGUCCAAUCGAAGGGAAGACGAGGGCCGAAGGCCCGAAGUGAUUCUAAGUUGAAGGGUGAGUCCAAUCAAAGGGGAUACGAGGGCCGAAGGCCCGAAGUGACUCUAAUUGAAAGGAUGAGUCCAAUCAAAGGGGAUACGAGGGCCGAAGGCCCGAAGUGA